AUGAGCUACCACCAGGGCCAACCCCAGCUCGGGGCGACUUUUGUGCCAGGAGGCUUCGAUGACUAUUAUAUGCCGGCUCCUUCGCCUGAAGUCAUCUCGCCUGCGCCUCAGCGGAUAAUGCCCGAAGUGCCCGAGAACAUGCAAGAAAACAUCGCGCAUCUGGAGCUGGAAGCCAACGGCCCUCGUGGUACCAACGGCGCCAUGUCACCCAUGCAGGGCUACAAUCAGUCACAGCAGAACUUCCCGCCGCGACAGGCGAGCUACCAGAACGAGCUGCCUGUCCACAACGAUCAAUGGCCGGCGCGGCAAGCGAGCAUCUCCUCUGCCUUCCGGCAACCACCAAACGUGCAGCCUCAGUCGGUGCAGCAGCAGCCGUCGCACGACUACAACCAGUUCGCCCAGAGCCACGACUCGCCCAACUUCUCCCCCUUCCCCAAGCUUCCCAACAAGCCUCCGAACGUGCCGCCGUCCGACGAUGAGAAGGAGGCUGUCCUGGAGAACGCCCGCUUGCCGGUGCUCAACUCGAAUGAUCCCGAGAUGCAGCUGGCAUGGGCACAAGAUGCACUGCAAUAUGUAGACGCCGCGCAACUGCACGAGCAGCGCAUUUCAGAGAUCCAGGGGGCGAGACCGGCCACACCACAAGUCGAGCACCAGCUCCGUCUGGACGCGAUGAACGUAGUCACCUUCUUGGCGGACCAAGGCCAUCCGAAAGCGACCUUUAUGCGGGGUAUGUGGCUAGAGUUUGGCAAGUUUGGCAUGCGCGCAGACAAGAAGGAAGCGUUCAGAUGCUACUCCCGCGCGGCUGCAAAGGGAUACGCAAGGGCAGAAUACCGCAUGGGCAUGCAGUUUGAGCAGUCGAAUGACCCCAUCAAGGCUCUGCAGAACUACAAAGCUGGCGCCGAACAAGGCGACUCAGCCUCCAACUACCGUCUUGGUAUGAUGACGCUGCUCGGACAGCACGGCCAGCCACAAGACUUUGCAAGAGGAGUACAACUGAUCAAACUGGCUGCGGCCACUGCCGAUGAGAAUGCUCCACAGGGUGCUUACGUGCUGGGUAUGCUUCAGGCGCGAGAACUGCCCCAAAUCAACGUGCCCGAGAUGUUUUUGCCCUACGAUGAGAAGGGCGCCAGACAAAACAUAGAGAAGGCCGCCUAUCUCGGGUUCGCAAAGGCUCAGCUGAAGAUGGGCUCCGCCUACGAGCUCUGCAGUCUGGGCUGUGAGUUUAACCCUACGCUGUCGUUACACUACAACGCACUCGCAUCAAGGCAGGGUGAGCCCGAGGCAGACAUGGCUAUCAGCAAAUGGUUCCUCUGUGGACACGAAGGAGAGUUCAAUAAGAACGAAGAGCUGGCGUACCAAUACGCACAACGUGCCGCAGCGGCUGGCCUCGCAACAGCAGAGUUCGCCAUGGGCUACUUCAACGAGAUCGGCAUGAACACGCCGGUCAAUCUUGACAAAGCCUUGGAGUGGUACGAAAAGGCAGAGAAGAACGGCAACAAAGAUGCGACUGCACGUAUAGAGAGCAUCUCCAAGCUGUCACGGACGCUGUCAAAGAAGGACCAUGAAAACGUCGCUAUCAACAUGAUCAAAUCGAAGCACGGCUCCAUGCGAGGGCAGCGGCCAGCGAGACUGCAAAAGUCACAUGCUCCUAUGCCUUCUAUCACCGAUAUCAGUCCUUCUGAUUACGGCGAUACCUCCCCAGCCACCCCUACAGGUGGUCGCCAUCCGCCAAGAGGCGAUAGUACAACGCCGUAUCCUAUGUCUGACCAGCCCCCAAUGAUCUCGAAUGGCCCCAUGUCGGCUCCCUACGACCGUCCCUCUACAGCAGCGCCAUACCCUAUGGACAAUGGCCCUCCUCGACUAAGUCCACAGCGGCCAGGUAUCGCCGGUGGCUUUGCGCCAGAGGUGAGGGCUUCGAGUGCUCGACCUGCAUCCUCAGCAUUCAACAUCAACCCCAACGUUUAUCCUCCAAAUGAUCCUUAUGGACGCGGCAGUCCUCGACCUAAUCCCGGUCCUGGUUACGACAUGGGUCCGAUGCCAAUGCGUCCUCAUACGAGUGUGGACAACAUGGGUCCAGGACGUGGUGGACGUCCUUCCAGCGGUGGUCGUGGUGCGCCGCUGCCAGCAGGAGGACCAGCGAGUUACAGGCAGCCGGGAGGACCGAGCGCUCAACGUCCAGAAACCCAGAACCGCCCAUCGACGACGCAGCCUCCUGAUAUUGGAUACAGUGCGCCAGAUGGACGUAACAAGCUGCAGAAACCGACAGGGGCGCCACUCAAGAAAGCGCCCACACUGCCAGACAUUGGCUACGUCGCGCCUCUCGAGCCCCGCCAGCACACCCGCCCAUCUACAGUUCAACCAGGUCAGGAGAGUAGGACUUCUUCACGCAUGGAUAGACCCUCGACUACUACACCCGGUCAAGGCUCCCGACCCUCAUCACGGCCAGGCUCCUCUGGUCGUCCUAGCGGAUACGACAACAUGCCCAAGCCUCAUAGGGUACAAACAUUGCAACAGCAGCAACCACCUCCCAAGCCUGCGCCAGUGCAAGCAGGUAAGCCGGCGACGCCUACACCACCUAAGCCAGCGCCAUCAGCUGCUUCGACACCAGGCAAGGGACCAAAGACGUUUGAUGAGAUGGGCAUAGGACAGGCGCCUAAGGACAGCGAUUGUAUUGUCAUGUAG